AUGCCCAAGAACAGACCAUCCAAAGAGAAGAGAGACCAAGCGAAAACGGAAGAGAGACGUUUUAGGAGAAUAGAAAAGGAAACCAGGGAGAAUGACCGCGCGAAAGCAAUCGCUGGAGACGACACACUGGACUUUGCUGCAAAGAUUGACUGUUUAGCAGAGAUAAGAAAUUGGUUCUGCGCAGAUACCACUAUUGUCGAUCAGUACAUGUCAGAUGAGCUUUCAACAGCCUCGGCAGUCGACAUUCUGGCAAAGCCAAUAGACGAGGCGUACUCAACUGCGAACGCUGGCACAGAAUAUUUUCGACAAGAGAGGGUCGCUCGAAUACAGCGAAAGUAUCAUAGUCCCGAGAACGCACUCCAGCUUUGGGGACAUGAGCAAGAUUGGCCUGAACCAGACAAUGAGCGAGAUCACUCCGAGAACGCUGAGAUGCUACUUUGGAACCUUUGGUAUGCUAUUCUUCACACAGCAAAGAAGAUUCACUUCAGCGACGAGGCUCGACAGCGCAAACUAGUUGAUCUAGUCAGAGCAUUCAAAGCCCGGCCAAAUCCGCCAGAACCAGUACCAAUGACGAUUCCGCUCAAAAGGAAUUGGGUCUGGGAACUAGGCACCGUUUGGAGCGAUCUGAUCAUUCUGGGCGCCUCAAUCGCCGAAAUGAGGAAUGACUCCUGUGGAUGCGGAGCUGGUUGGACAUGGCCAGAGCAACAAGCAGAGCAGAACCUGAACGCGUUCUACGCUCGACUGACGGCUAGCGUGGUAGCAAACAUACACGUCCAAGGAGAAAUAUGUGCCGUUGACGCGUUAGAAAGAGUCUCGACGCCAUGGUAUCGCCGUGUAUCACCACCGCCAGAUCAUGAGAUUCUCAGUCACUAUGUCACUUGCGCUGCGCUAUGGACUAUCAUCGCUGGCAAGGCGGUUUAUGCUAGGUAUCCGCAUACGAGAGAUGAGAGGGAUAUUAUGGUGGUAAAUAGGAUAUUGGAGUUGAAAGGCAAUGAGCUCCCGUGGAAUAGAUCACGGAAGAGGUACAAGGGUCGGGCGAGAUGGGAGACUGCACGAAGGGAAUUUGCACGGAGGAGAUUUGAGGCCGAGUCUCAGAAUAAGGAGUUGUCACUUGAUGUUCGGGAAUUGGCUGGGCGAGCUGCAAAAGCAAUGGAUGGCAUUGUUUGGCAGACGUAG